AUGUCUGCCGAAGAAGUCAAGGCCACCGAGACGCCUCAGAACGGCAAUGCUGACGCUGCCAAAGAUGUUCAGAACCUCCUCGCGGAGCUGAAGGGAGAUGAAGAGAAGAAGGUCGAGUCAGGAGCUCCUGCUGAAGAAGAUGAGGCUGCCAAAGAAGCUCGUAUUAUCGCGGAAGCAACCAAGCUCGGCAAAGAACAAGCCGAACAAGAAUCAAAGGACGAGAAGAAGCCAGCAGAGCGACCCAGACGUAACUACCGCGAAAAUAUCAAAUCCGAUCUUACCGCUCAGGAAGUAACUGAUGAUCAUAACGAGAUCAGGAAACAGGUCGAAUUCUACUUCUCAGACUCCAACCUGCCAAUGGAUAACUUCCUUUUGAAGAAGGUCGGCGGAAGUGCUAAUCACCCCGUUGAACUUUCCCUGCUCCACAGCUUCAAGCGAAUGCGCCGAUUCCAGCCUUUCAGUGCCAUCGUCGAGGCCCUCAAGACCUCCACCGUCCUGAACCUUGUUGAUAACGACACCAAAGUCAAGCGCAAAGUCCCACUUCCCGAAUCUGUAAACGACUUCCUUGACCCCAACGUUGUCAAAGUGUUUGAGACCGAGGCUAUGGGACGAAGCGUUUAUGUUAAAGGAUUCGGUGAAGAAGGCCCCAAGACACAGUUUGAAAUUGAAGCUUUCUUUGCUCCUUACGGCCCUACAAAUGCCAUCCGUCUACGUCGAGCGUUUGAUAAGACCUUCAAGGGAAGCGUUUUUGUCGAGUUCGAUACGGAGGAGACUCAGAAGAAAUUCCUCGCUUUGGAUCCUCCUCCCAAGUGGAAUGGCAAAGAUCUGAUUAUCAAGAGCAAGAAAGACUACUGUGAUGAGAAGGUCAGGGAUAUUCAAGCGGGCAAGAUCAAAGCUGGUAACCGUAAUAGUGGCCGUGGAGGUCGUGGAGGUCGUGGAGGCCGCGGUCGAGGCCGCGGUCGGGGUGGUCGUGGCGACAACGACCGUCGGGACUGGCGGGAACGCCGUGACGAGGAUCAGAAACGUGGUUUCCGUGAAGAUAAGCCAACUGUUCAAAAGGAUGCUCGGGGAAUUCCUAUCGUCAAGAGCACUGAGGAACCAGCUACCUCCGGUCAAAAGCGAGCCCGUGAAGAUACCAACGGAGCUACCAACGAGCAUGCCGCUAAGAAAGUUGACGUGAAGGAAGGUUGA